UAGCGAUAAUACAGCGGAAAGAAGACGCUCGUUGUGGAUUUAAAGGAUGCUUGUCUUUAUCCUUCAUCGUUAUGGACAUAAAUGAUGUUAUUAUAAACUGUAACCAAGCCGGAUGAAAAGACCAAAAAAAGAAGAAGUGGACACCAGAAGUCACUGUGUCUUUUACCUCAGUCGACCUCAUCAACGAAGGCAGUUCAGUCACUUGAAAUGGCCAAAUUCUGCAAAAUCUGCAAAUGCAACAGCCGACUGAUCUGCAUGUGCCUGCUGCCGUGCAUGAUGACGGGCCACCUUGUGGUUUACAUCACCGUCACCAUAUUUGUCACCAUCUCAUACGCUCCUCCGAAAAUAACCGUCCACUAUGUCGCCUCUGGGGUUUCUGCUAACUCCUCUGAAAUGGCCUCUCACCCACUCAGCCCUUUCUGGAACCUCCGUCUGGUGGACAGUGCCCUGUGGAACCGGUUGCAGCACGCUUGGGACCGCGAACACAACCCGAUACUGCGUGGAAACACAACCGGGCUCACGAGGAAACCUAAAAAUGAGCUUUUAUCAGAAAUCGAAAAAGAAUGCAUUUCGGACUGCAUGUCUCAGAAGUGUUCGGUUCCUCUUAUGAAGGAGUACAAGAACUUCCCAGAUCAAAUAAAAGCUUUUGUUUGGUCAAUGCAUUGCAGGGACUAUCAGCUCCUUGUCAACCAGCCUGACAUGUGCAGGAGCAACACUUCUGAUUCUGGUUUUGAGUCUCCAAUGCUCCUCAUGGCCAUCAAAUCUCAAGUCGGGAACUUUGAAAACAGACAGGCCAUCCGUGAAACGUGGGGACGCAGUGGUUUGGUGAAGGGGCAAUCCAAAAAAAAAGGCGGAUUAGUGCGAACGGUGUUCCUGCUCGGACGCCAGGACUCAAGCACGGGUCCUCACCCGGACCUCAGGAACCUCCUGGAGCUGGAAAACCAGAAAUACGGGGACAUCCUCCAGUGGGAUUUCCGAGACACGUUCUUUAACUUGACCUUAAAGGAUCUGCUCUUCUGGGAUUGGCUUCAGGAGUACUGCCCGGCCGCCAUGUUUGUUUUCAAAGGGGACGAUGACGUGUUUGUCCGAACGGGUGCUCUUCUGGAUUACCUGCACAAGCAGUUAGAGGAGCACAACCAGCGGGAAAUAAAUACAAAUAAAACGGACAUCAACUUGUUUGUGGGGGACGUAAUCACUAACGCCAUGCCGAACCGAGAGCCGUCCACUAAAUACUUCAUCCCUGCACGUUUCUACAAAGGCGUGUACCCUCCGUAUGCAGGUGGAGGAGGGGUGGUGUAUUCUGUCUCGCUUGCAUUGCGGCUGAAAAAGGUUUCCGAGAGGGUUCGCCUUUUCCCCAUAGACGACGUGUAUCUGGGCAUGUGCAUGCGCAGACUGGGCUUAACCCCGAGUCAUCACCCGGGGUUUUUAACUUUUGAUCUCCCGGAGACGGACCGGGGCAAACCCUGCGCCUACAAAUCUGUUCUGCUGGUUCACAGACGGAGUCCCAAACAGAUGCUGACACUAUGGAAGAAGCUGCAGUACCUGCCAGGUAAAUGCUAAAGGGCUCAUUUGCAUGCCAAAUAGGAUUCAUAGACUACAGGAUGAAUGCUGCCACGCCCGAUGAACACGGACAUUUCCUCUAAAACGAACGUUUCCAAACACUGAGGACACUGAUCUACCUCAAAAGGUACUUUUAAUAUAGGGAAAUUACACAACAUGAUACUUUCUAAUCAACACAGGUAUGUAUUUGUACCCUUUUAGCCUAAAGGUUAUAUUUUACUGCUUAUAAGCGGAAAUGUAACACCAUACAUAUUGUUUCGUAAUAGAUAUCUUCAUUUUUCUUUUGAAAAACAACAUGUGAUUUUGAAUCUUUUUUUUUACUUCCAAAAGGUACUUUUAA